AUGGGUCACCUUGUAACUCUAGCAACAUGUUCCCUCAACCAAUGGGCUCUGGACUUUGAGGGGAACACGGAACGAAUCAUCGAGAGUAUUCGCAAGGCCAAGGCCGCGGGUGCUACUCUUCGAGUCGGCCCCGAACUCGAAAUCACCGGCUAUGGCGUUCUGGAUGGAUUCCACGAGGGAGACACCUUCCUUCAUUCGUGGGAGAUGCUUGCCCGCAUCAUCGAUCACCCCGACUGCCAGGAUAUUGUGGUUGAUGUGGGUAUGCCUGUGCGCCACAGGAAUGUCUCGUAUAACUGCAGGGUCAUCUUCUACAACCGCAAGAUCAGCUUGAUUCGCCCAAAGAUGUGGCUUGCCAACGGUUCGUUGCUAUCCUUCUCUUUUAUCCCUGCCGGCUUUCCAUUUACUGGUCAGACAUGGGUCGCUGACAGAGAUGUUGCACGUCUAGAUGGUAACUACAGAGAGCUCCGUCACUUCACGCCCUGGCAACGACCCCAGGAGAUCGAGGAUUACUAUCUUGAGCAGAUCGUCGGGAAGAUCACUGGACAGUAUAAGGUUCCUUUCGGUGAUGCGGUCAUAAGCACUCGGGAUACUUGUUUCGGCGUGGAGACGUGCGAGGAACUCUUCACUCCUAAUGGCCCUCAUAUUCCUUACGGUCUUGCUGGCGUUGAAAUUAUCUCCAACUCGUCAGGAAGCCACCACGAGCUUCGAAAGCUGGACACUCGGAUCAACCUCAUUACCCAAGCAACGAAAUUGAGCGGCGGCAUUUACCUGUACGCGAACCAGCAAGGCUGCGACGGAGAUAGGCUUUAUUACGAUGGUUGUGCAAUGAUUGUAGUCAAUGGUAACAUCGUCGCUCAGGGUUCCCAGUUCUCCCUGAAUGAUGUGGAAGUUGUCACAGCCACAGUUGAUAUCGAAGAGGUGCGGACAUACCGUUCGAGUUCCAGCCGCAAUAUGCAAGCCAGCAAACAGUCCCCGUUUGUCCGCCUUGACUUGGACACCAGACUUUCUCGUCGGGAUGAUGAAGCUGAGCCUAGUCUUGCUCCGUCGGAAACACUUGCCGCGCGGUAUCAUGCCCCAGAGGAAGAAGUUGCUCUUGGACCGGCUUGUUGGCUGUGGGAUUACCUGCGGAGAAGCGGUGCGGCAGGCUUUUUCCUUCCUCUGAGCGGCGGUAUCGAUAGCUGUGCUACAGCGACUAUUGUGCAUUCUAUGUGUCGAGAAGUCAUUAAAGCCGUGUCAGAGGGGAAUGAGCAGGUCAUUAAAGAUGUCCGAAGGCUCUGUGCCGAGCCCGCCGAUUCGACUUGGCUUCCUACUACCAGCCAAGAAGUGUGCAACCGCAUUUUCCACACCAGCUUCAUGGGUACACAAAACUCCAGCAAAGAGACACGAGACCGAGCCAAGGGUCUAGCUUCGGAUAUCGGAUCCUACCAUGUCGACUUCAAUUUCGACACCGUCGUGACUGCUCUGACGAACCUUUUCACUGUCGUCACCACCUUCCAGCCUAAAUUCAAGGUCCACGGCGGUAGUCGGGCAGAGAAUCAGGCUUUGCAGAACGUCCAGGCGCGUUUGAGAAUGGUUCUCUCGUAUCUGUUUGCUUCUUUGCUGCCGACAGUCCGUCAACGUCCGGGUGGUGGUGGACUUCUCGUGCUGGCCUCUUCCAAUGUCGAUGUCUCCGAGCUAAACCCAAUCGGCUCCAUCUCCAAAGUCGACCUCAAAAAGUUCAUCGCCUGGUCCCGCGACUCCUUCGAACUCCCCAUCCUCCACGAGUUCCUCUCCGCCACGCCAACCGCAGAACUCGAGCCCAUCACAGCGACAUACGUCCAAUCCGACGAAGCCGACAUGGGCGUCACCUACGCCGAGCUAUCCAUCUUCGGUCGUCUGCGCAAGAUCCAGAAACUGGGUCCGUGGUCGAUGUACGAGCGGCUGCUUCAUCUCUGGGGCAAUGAGUAUAGUCCGCGCGAGAUCUAUGAGAAGACACGUCACUUCUUUUAUAAUUAUGCGAUUAAUCGGCAUAAGCAGACGGUUAUUACGCCCAGUUAUCAUGCGGAACAGUAUUCGCCGGAUGAUAAUCGGCAUGACUUGAGGCAGUUUCUUUAUCCUUCUUUCUCCUGGGCCUACCAGAAGAUGGAAGACAGUGUGAAGUAUUGGGAAUCGAAGGGAUGGACGACUGGGAAGGCUCAGAAGAAGAGCGUCAAGGCUGAUUAG